CCUGAAAAGAAGUCCCCCCCCCAUAAUCUCCCCACGAAAACGCAAAAACUUUCAAAAUGGAUAGCUCUUUGCUGGAAAAUGGACUAAACAUGAAUUUUAUCGACAGGAUGUCUCACUUGUAUGACAGCUCUCAAAAGAAGGCCACGAAGAAAUUAAUCAUAGCAAGUAUAAUAUGUAUAAUAUUUAUGAUAAUAGAAAUAGUGGCAGCUAUUAUUGCGAAUUCCUUGUCCUUAAUGACUGAUGCCUCCCAUCUAUUUUGCGACUUACUAUCCUUUGCCUUAAAUUUAUUUUCUAUUUAUGUUUCCACAUUUGAGGGGAAUGUAGAUAUGUCUUUUGGGUACCACCGGGCGGAAAUAAUAGGAGCCUUAUUUUCCAUUUUUUUUAUAUGGGCUCUAUCUGCCUACAUAUUGUACAGUGCUGUGUUUCGAUUAUUUGAAGUUCAGACCGUGGAUGGAUACAUCAUGUUUGUGACAGCUUUUGUAAGUACGCUAGCGAAUAUAUUCAUUGCCUUCGUACUUAAGGUGCACACACAUGGAUUUGAAUUUAUUGGACAACGUAGAUGCAGUCAUAGUGAUGAUGCGAAUGAGCAUGAUCAUCACAAAAAGGAAUGGGGGAAUAAUGCUAGUUGCUCUGCAAAAAAUGGAAAAUACAAAAAUAUAAAUAGUGAUAUCGUUAUAGCAGAUGACGAUGAUGCUGCUGCUCAUGCUGCGGCAUGUAACAAGAAUAAUAUUUCCAUCGGGAAAAUUAACACCAGUUCAUGCAGCUACGUCGCUUUUGAUUACUAUGAAAACGUGAACCAAAUUAAUAUAGAUAAUCACCAUAAAGGAGAUUCAAGGGCUGCAGGAGGAACAGGUGGUGGUGAAGGAACAACUACAGGGAAGAAGGAUUCUAAAAAUACACACCAUGCACUGCUAGACCCAGCAUCGAAUGAUUUCCUUCAUAAUAAUCAAAUUGGGAAUGAUGAAGAUGUACAAAAGGACGAUGAUACUUUUAAAGUAGGGAUUAAUGAAUACGCCAAUAAAAGCAAUGGAACAAAAGACAUGAGUAAAAAAAAAAAAAUUCGCAUA